AUGUUCAACGGAAAGAAUAUUUUGGUUGCGGAAAAUCCAAAUCGCAUAAAUGACCAAGGAGGCCGAUCUUUUGAUAUUGCACUUGUUGACUGGACGAAUGCCGGUUGGUAUCCCGACUUUUGGGAAUUCUUCCGUGCAGCAUCUCCAAUGGGGUUUGAAUACGGUGAAGACGAUUGGUUCUGGCGAGCACAAGAGUUCCUUCAAGUAUGGCCUGCUAAAUUGGCUAUAAUGAGAAUGAUUGAUAAGGACCAUCGAGGUUACUAG